AUGCUUGCGACUCCGCCAUGCCCUGCGCCUGGCGUCAGCGCCAUCCCUCUGCCUCAGUUGAAGCGCAAGCGCUCAGAUUCCACGGAUAUGACGCCUGAUCAGGAUGCUCCGGUCGCGACCAAGCUGCGCGCAGAGAACGCACCGUGCGGCUCUAUCGCCAUCAAGCAGGAUAUCUCGUCAGCCGCCACCAACACGGAUACUGUGUCAUUCGAAGCGCCCAACAGUCUUCCGAUAAAUCCGCCGCCCCCUCCCCCAAGUCAGGGCGCAUCUGAACCACCUGCGGUGACCAAGAACACCGGCUCACAGAAGGUGGAUGUGGACACGCUGCGUGAAACGCUUGAAGCCCAACUGAGCUUGGAGGUGUUGUUAAAGCACAACGAACUUCGGUUGAUCGACCAGGAAAUCGCAAAGUGUCAGGUCGCGUUGGAGCAACUGCGCCGAUGCGCAGAGAUUCCUUACCCGGGUUCGAAUGUGGCGGGUUAUUCGCCAGCGGUCAGCAGCGGAACGGGCAUGGCAGUGUGGGCUCCUGAAAAUGGGCCUGCGCCAUUGUCUCCAGCACCCUGGGGUGUCACUGACGGCCCGUACACUCGCCAUCUUGCAAGAUGGCUAAUUCCAGAUCCUCGUUUUGAUGGCGGUGAGCCUGAACCUGCUACGCCUAUGACUGGCGGCCAUGCUAGUCCAUGGACUGAAGGACGCUCGACUCGUGGAAGCUGUGGGGAUCUGGGGUACGUUGCUAGUAAGACGCGACCGCAACGAGGCACGGGUGGGAGACUGCAGUCUCUACCUAACGGCUAUCCGCAACCAAAGGACAAGACUGGGCCAAUGCUCAUCCGACGAAAAUCGGAUAAUCUACUCGUCAAGCUGGUGUGUCUGGAUUGUCGCCGGGACAAUUUCUCUAGCACGCAGGGAUUCAUCAAUCAUUGCCGUAUCGCGCACAGCCGAAACUACGCAAGCCAUGAAGCGGCGGCAGUUGAGUCGGGCGAACCUGUGGAAGUGGACGAGGCUGGCGCAGUAAUAGGCGGCAAAAUCGAAACUUCCAGCCCGGCCACAGCUGGUUUCAUUCAUCCGUUGAUUCGGUCGGCGCAUGUCAUUGAGCCCCUUCCCAAGACGCCUACACCUGUAUCCGACGCCACUGUGACUCCUCGGAGACGAUUGAGCCCUGUUCGACAGACUCCCUCCGGAGUGGAGACGCCUCGAGGAUCUAGCGCUGAUCAAAAGACAAUGCCCGCUACGGAAGGCAACGGUCCAUUCAUGUCUUCCCCUGCGACUCCUCAUUUGUCGAAUCUGAUGAAGCUUCGGGGCGUUGCGGUUGACCUAGAACAACUGGUCGGAGAUGCCAAGACUGUGGUGGACUUGAAUGACUAUUCCGAUGAUGACGAUGGCGAGUCAGACGCCGGGUCCGUGCAACCUUCGGCGGAGAUGAGUCAGGAUCAGACACCGCUGGGAGCCCGUGCGGGCAGGCAACCGAUGCGCACGACAGCCUCGCAGGCGACAAGCCGGCGCCCCGGUAGCCGAAAGGGACUGGAUUCCCUGAAUCACACGCCUCCACCCCUGCAAACCUCAACACCCACCCGGCCUACUGAUUACCAGUCGCCGUAUCCUUCCAUGUCUUGUCUUCCCCAGGGCUCGCAGAGCUCCACUCUGCGAGAACUAGAAGGGACAGAACAAGCCUCAAAUCUCAGUCCGAACACAGCCGAGUCAAAUCAAGCCCCGAGUCUCGUGAGUGAUGACGAUGAUUACGGGGAUGUGUCGGAUUCGGAUCCGGGGCCUAGUUCGUCUGAAGCAGGCGAUCAUGAUGAAGACCUGGGCCAUAUUGAUGUCGAAGAUGGCGACGAGAAUAGCGCGCGAUCGGCUGCUGCGACUCCGGCGAAGCCAGAUAUAGGGAUGGCAAGCACGGGGACACCCCGGGCACCACCAUUAUCGAAGUCGCUGCGACGUGGCAGUAUCAAAAAGAAAGACCGACUUAUGGCGCCAUCAGUGGUUCCUUCACGCGGCAAGGAAGAGAAGCGGGAAACCUUGCAAUCCCUUCUAGCGAGAUACCCAUCCACCGUGGAAUCCACCACGCGGCGCAAAGCCACCACCAUCACCACCACCACCGAGAAGAAAUCCGCCGCCAGCAGCAGAAGCAGCAGCAGCAGACCCAAAAGCAAAUCCGCAUCCAAGGAUCAUACUUCGACCCUCACCGUAACAGAGGACCCCGACGAUGCGCCGGCAGCCGUGAAAACCUACCUCGCCCUCGACGAGUUCCGCUACACGACCCUCCCAGAUGCAGUCCGUCAACGCGCCUCGACCACUACCGGGGGUGAUGGGGAAGGGAGUGCGUAUCUCGAGAAGGAGGAAAUGGUGCGUUUGGUCGAGUGGAAGAUGAAACACGGAAAAUUCCGCCCCGCAUUACUGGGGAUGAUCCGCUCGAAUCCCGAAAGUCUGGUGCGGGAGGCUACGGCGGAGGCAUCUCGAUUGCUGCGCACUGCAGAACUGCGGGAGAUGUUCCCGGGGACGGCGUUGGAGAAGGUGACGGGCCCGUUGAGGGGGGUUGGGCCUGCGACGGGGAGUUUGGUGUUGUCGGUUUUGUCGUCGGAUGAUGAUGGUGAGAGUGAGGGUGGGGGUGAGGGUAUUGGGGUGCCGUUUUAUAGUGAUGAUGUGUUUCUGUGGUUGUGUUUGGGGGUUUUCCCUGGGGGCGAUCCGGAAAGGGUGAGGAAGGCGUUUAAGCCUGGGAAGAGCGGGGAGUUGAAUGUUAAGUAUAAUGUUGGGGAGUAUCGUGAGUUGUGGGAUGCGGUGCGGAGGUUGAGGGGGAGGUUGGGGGUGGGAGUUGGGUGUCUGGAGAUUGAGAAGGUGGCGUUUGUGGUGAGUUCGUAUCUGCACCUCCUGCUCUGCUUCCAUACUCCAUACUUCGCCAUUCAAACCCUCAGCUGUGCCUCUUACACAAUCACUCCGGCUUCCAAGCCACGGCAUGAGAUUCCAUCAAUCAUCACAAUCAGAUUAUGA